CAUAUGAGAUAGUGUCUGAGCUGCAGUAGAGGAGGAGGAUGAUGUAGAGAAACCUGUUCAGGCAGGACUUACAGCCAAGGAAGCCCAAGUAAUGGUCAGAGACAUAUGGAAGGAGCAGCCCAUAGGAUUUGGAUGGUCCCCCUGCAGACUGGAAGCAACAUAAUUGCACUAGAAUUUGCUGGAUUUUCUGCAGCCAAUGAAUAAAUUCAUCAUGAGCAUCUCUCGAGAAGAAGAGAAGCAGAGGCUGGAUCAGUUUCUAAGUGAUUUGGCUCUUCUGGGUUCAUUACAGGGUUUCAGAUACUUUCAGCCUUGGCUUAGAGGGAGAGAGGAGAUACUUCUGACUGUUGUGAAUGAAGAUCUGAGCUGCCCAUCACUUCCAUCUCCUGUGUCUCUGAGCAGUGACUCCAGCUGUCAUGUCAUGGUGGGCGAUGAGCAAGCUCCAUACAGGGUUCCGCCUCAUCUUCCUCCUGCAUCUCCAUGUGACCGAGAAAUCGCUAUCCCAGAAACACAUUGCACUCUGUUCUUAUUGGCUGCUUAUGCCAAGUAUGGCCGGCCUUUUGUCUGGGUUAGGUCCAAUCACCAGCGUCUGACUGGAACAGAGGAGAGUGAUUGGCCAUUGAAAGACACACCUCUCACACUUCAGUCUACUUCUGAAUGGGACACUAAAGAUGUUGGUGUGUGGCACGUGAUCUGGGAUGCGGUUAGAGCCUGUGUGACUCCACCCCCGCGGAACCCGUUGGCUGUUGACUUUGUUUACCUUCGGUCGCUUUCCCUCCCAGAAGCCUGUCUCUCUUCGGGAGCCCUUAUUGUGUUUUUCCAUCGCCUGUUGCUGCGUGAACCUCAAGGGACGACGAUAUUCAGCAAUGUGUGGGAACAACUAGGAGAGGUGACCCGUCUACACGCUCAAACCCUACAGGCUCUCAAGGACCAAAAACUCAUCCAGAAUGUGCUCUAAAACCCACCCAGGAUGGAAUCUGCAUUUCUCUCUUAUAAAUGGAUGUA